AUGAUGAAGUUGUUGGUGGCCAAAGUCCUCUGCAUGGUGGGCGUGUUCUUCUUCAUGCUGCUUGGCUCCCUGCUCCCGGUGAAGAUCAUCGAGACGGAUUUUGAGAAAGCCAAUCGCUCAAAAAAGAUCCUCUCGCUCUGCAACACCUUUGGAGGCGGGGUCUUUCUGGCCACGUGCUUCAAUGCCCUCCUGCCCGCCGUGAGGGAAAAGCUCCAGAAGGUUCUGAGUCUUGGGCACAUCAGCACCGACUACCCGCUGGCCGAGACCAUCGUGAUGCUGGGCUUCUUCAUGACCGUCUUCCUGGAGCAGCUCAUCCUGACGUUCCGCAAGGAGAAGCCGUCCUUCAUCGAUCUGGAGACCUUCAACGCCGGCUCGGACGCUGGCAGCGACUCGGAGUACGAGAGCCCCUUCAUGGGGGGCACGCGGGGCCAUGCACUCUACGCGGAGCCCCACCCCCACGCACACGGGCUCAGCGUCCAGGAGCUGUCGCGCUCCAGCCCGCUGAGGCUCCUCAGCCUGGUGUUUGCCCUGUCGGCGCACUCCAUCUUCGAGGGCCUGGCCCUGGGCCUGCAGGAGGAUGGCGAGAAGGUGGUGAGCCUGUUCGUGGGGGUGGCCGUCCACGAGACGCUGGUGGCUGUGGCCCUGGGCAUCAGCAUGGCCAGGUGCUCCAUGGCCCUGAGGGACGCGGCCAAGCUGGCCGUCACCGUGAGCGCCAUGAUUCCCCUGGGCAUCGGCAUCGGCCUGGGCAUAGAGAGCGCACAGGGUGUGCCCAGUAGCGUGGCCUCGGUGCUGCUGCAGGGCCUGGCGGGCGGCACGUUCCUCUUCGUCACCUUCUUUGAGAUCCUGGCGAAGGAGCUGGAGGAGAAUAGUGACCGUCUGCUCAAAGUCCUCUUCCUGGUGCUGGGUUACGCUGUCCUGGCCGGCAUGGUCUUCCUCAAGUGGUGA